GCGUGACUUGUCUCUCGUUUCUCACGUUUGCCUCGGUUUCCGUCUUCCUUUCCCAAUAUCUUCUUCUUCCACGACGACGGAGGAGAAGAAAACCCAGAAACCUUUUAAAUUUCUGAGAAAAGCACGAUCCUUUUUCCCCGAUCUUAUCGAUUCUCGGAUGAGAUAAGAUUCGGCCUUCAAUCACUGAGCUUCGCUUUUUUUGAUAUCCUUAUCUCUCUGCUCUCGAUGGAUGAGUCGUUUGCUAAUCUACAGUCGAGUCAUUUGCUUGGUUCAGUUCCCGCUGUGAUCAGUGACGACAAGAAAAACACAAAUGUACCAAUAGCAAGCGUAAAUGAAGGCCCUUCUGCAUCAGCAAACAUGCAAAUCUUUCCACCGUAUCAAGGAAACAAUGCAAAAGGAUAUCAAACUCUUGAGAGUCCAAUAGAAGCACCUGAGCAGCAGCCAUCAAACAACUGGAAGGGAUUCUUCAACGUCUACUCAUAUACUCAGUACUUCGACGUGGACACGGAUGUUGUUCUGAACAGAUUGAUGAGCUCGUUAUAUCCCACAAGUGCAGAUUUUUUCAGCAAGAUUGAUGCAAACCCUGAUUUGUAUGGACUUGUCUGGAUCUGCACUACGCUUGUGUUUGUGCUUGCUUCCCUCGGAAACUGUGCCACGUAUCUCGUCAAGAAACGAACCGACAGUGCUGCUCCUUGGGUCUUUGAUGUGAACUACAUGAAUUUGGCAGCAUCUAUAAUAUAUGGCUAUGCAAUAAUUGUGCCCCUGGCAUUUUAUUUCUCACUCCGGUAUAUGGGGUCCAAAGCUGAUCUUCUAAGAUUCUGGUGCCUCUGGGGAUACUCUCUCUUCAUCUUCGUUCCAACCUCUCUCCCAUUGCUUAUUCCAGUAGAAUUUCUGAGAUGGGUGAUUAUACUCUUAGCUGGUGGCGCAUCGUCCAGCUUUGUUGCCCUGAAUCUAAGGUCUUACCUCGAGACAAACAAUGAUCUGACGGUCGUAAUGGCUGCAGCAUUUGGUCUGCAAAUGGUUCUUUCAAUUUUCAUCAAAGUCUGGUUCUUUCCUUAAUCUCCACACCACACGACAAGACAUAUAUAUGUAAAAACCUUUUAGAUUUUCCUGUGCUGUGAGGGUAGAACAAAGAAUGUCAUUACCAGGAAAUGGAACCCACAAAGUAAAAGAAGAAGGAACAUAUACAGUUGAAUCAUUCGGAUUCGUUAUUACAGGCGUAGUUUCAUGUUUGCUUGUAACGUAACGAUUGUGUUUGUUUGGUGAGUUGAGUUGUUUUAGGAUUCUAUUUUCUUGUUUGUUUAUUAUCACAUCUUACUUGUGAAGUAAAAAAAAAAAUAAGAAAAAAAAGAAGAAAAUUCCCAAGAUUUUUUGCGA